AUGAAGGUCAAGGCAUUUCAGCGUCAGCAUUCACACCGCAAUACCUUCAGGGAUUGCGUGUGUACACGUGUGUGUGCGUGUGUGUGUUUGUGUUUGUGUCUGCAUUUGCUUUUUUGUGUAUUUUCCCAUAUUGUUCGUAAUAGCUCGCGUGAUUCCUCUACAGAUACAUCCGGGUCUCUGGGAUGUUUCGGUUGGUGUCUGUACCUUACAUCUAUGUUUUUCGUGCUCGCCACAUUCCCUGUUUCAAUAUUCAAGUGUGUUACGAUAGUGCAGGAGUACGAGCGAGCCGUACUUUUCCGUCUCGGUCGCAUACUGGACAAGAAGCCUAAGGGACCAGGGCUGUUCUUCGUCAAUCCAUGCACAGACAAGUUCACCAAGGUGGACCUAAGAACUGUCUCCUAUGACAUCCCUCCACAAGAGAUCCUGACCAAAGACUCUGUGACCGUGUCUGUGGACGGAGUGGUCUACUACCGGGUCCACUGCCCCAUGUUGUCCGUGACCAAUGUGAAGGAUCCGCACCACGCCACAAAGCUGCUGGCCCAGACCACCUUGAGGAAUAUCCUGGGCACCAAGAAACUGGCGGAACUCCUGUCGGACCGCGAGGGCAUAUCACACGACAUGCAGGGGUCCCUGGACGAAGCGACACACCAGUGGGGCAUCAAGGUGGAGCGGGUGGAGAUUAAGGACGUCAAGCUGCCCCACCAGCUGCAGCGGGCCAUGGCAGCGGAGGCAGAGGCCAGCCGCGAGGCCAGAGCUAAGGUGAUCGCAGCCGAGGGGGAGAUGAACGCGUCGCGUGCCCUCAAAGAGGCGGGGCUGGUCCUGGCCGAGUCCCCCGGCGCCCUGCAGCUGCGCUACCUACAGACCCUGAACAGCAUCGCGGCCGAGAAGAACUCCACCAUCAUCUUCCCCCUGCCCAUUGACGUCAUGGCGCACUUCAUGAACAGGAAGUGACGCUGCGUAUCGUCGUGUUAAUGGUGACACGUUACACCGCA